CAGGCUCGGACGGAUGACGUCCCAUCUCUUACACCUUUGUGUCCGAAUAUCCGUAUACUGUAAGCACUUUGGGCUUUCGGCCCAGGAGAUUCGUGAACAAAAAGUGACGAAGGUUCGGGGCAUACCUACGUGUAUGCCCGAAAUACUUCGUUUUCCGAGGCGGGUCCCUCCUUCGAACUUGAAGUACCCCCGAAAUUUUGCAAGUCUUUCGAGGCAACAUCUCGUUCAGAUCAUGGCUUGCAAUGACUGCGUGAGCGGUAUGGUGCAUAAGGGUACUCCCAAAGGAAAUGAAAUCACUGUCGCAUCUCUGCCUACCUAUGUAACUGGGGACGAGAAGGGUAGUCGAAUUGUGAUCUUUGGUCCAGAUAUCUUUGGAUGGAGGUUCGUCAAUACGAGGUUAUUGGCGGAUGAAUACGCCUCCAAAGGGUUUCUCGUCUUCCUUCCGGAUCUCUUCGAUGGUCGCGACUUACCUCAAUGGACUCUUUCAGUCCGGGAUCCUGUGCUUGAAUCACCAACGCUCUUUCAGAGAAUCGCCCGACCAUUCGCGUUAUCAGUUUUAGUUCCGUUCGUCCUGCGUAACUCGCACGAAACUCAAAUAUCCAAAUUCACUGCUCUCGUUAACCUACUUCGCAACGAUCAUCCAGGCGCGAAGUUCGGAAUGGUUGGGUUUUGUUGGGGAGGUCGCUACGCCAUCGUGUUGAACUCCUUAUUCUACGCGACAGUCACUGCACAUCCAAGUCUUGUCAAGUAUCCAGAGGAACUGGAAGGAAUUUCGAAGCCGAUAAGUUUCGCUUUAGCGGAGGACGACCAUAACUACGACGCUAUGCGAGGGAAGGACACGGAGCGAAGGUUGAAAGAAAAGGGCUUGACGGAGUUCGAGGUUGUCGUGUACAAAGGAGUUCGACAUGGGUGGACCCUGAGGGGAAACAUGGAGGAUGAGCAGAAGCGUCAAGCCAGGGAUCAAGCAUUCAUGCAAGCGGUGUAAUGGUUUGACAAGUAUCUGGUCUAGGGUUAAUACCUCGUACCAAGUCCGAGUCCUGCGAUUCCCAUCUGUGUACCAAUUCGUCAAAGAGAAAACAUCUUCGCGUGACGGUUGAAAC